AUGGUCGCCGCCGACGAUGUCAUCCCAGAAUUGGCCGAAGGCCAGAUGGAACCCCCAGUUCCUGAAUCACGGGUGCUGCUCAUCAUGACUGGAGGUACCAUCUGUAUGCAACCGUCGCCAGCCGGCUUGGUGCCUGCGCGAAACUUCCAGGAGCAAUGCCUGGCUCCGGUGCCUUCAUUCAAUGAUAGGUCCAACUCCACUAUGAUGGACGUUGUGAUUAACGGCUCUAGAGAGAUCAAAGCCCAUCCAAGUCUGCGGACUCCGCUGACAGCGUAUGGCCGGCGGGUGAGGUACACCGUCUUUGAAUUCGAUGAGCUCCUCGAUAGCAGUUCUAUCGACGCCAAAGGUUGGGCGGAGAUUGCACGGACCAUCGAGCGAAACUACACACUUUUCGAUGGUUUCGUCGUGCUUCACGGUACGGACAGUCUAGCAUACACCUGCUCCGCACUGAGCUUCAUGCUGCAGAACCUCGGAAAGCCGGUGAUCCUCACGGGAUCCCAAGCUCCGAUGCUGCAGCUGCAAAGCGACGCUACAGAUAACCUGCUCGGGUCAUUGGUUGUGGCUGGCCACUUCAUGAUUCCGGAGGUCUGUCUGUACUUUGACAACAAGCUCUUUCGAGGCAACCGGUCCACCAAGGUAUCGGCCAGCGAUUUCAAUGCGUUCAACUCACCCAACUCGGCACCGCUGGCUGUGACGACGUCAAUGCGUACAAACGUCAACUGGGAGAUUGUGAACCGGCCGAAGAGCCUCGAGCACUUUAGCAUCCAGACCAACCUAGACACUACACAUGUCGCCUGUCUCCGUAUCUUCCCGGGUAUCAAGCCGGAGAUGGUGGAUGCCGUGUUGAAAUUGGAGGGCCUGCGUGGAUUGGUUCUGGAAACAUUCGGCGCUGGAAAUGCGCCUCACGGUCAGGACAAUGCGAUGACCAAGGUAUUCGCUGACGCGAUCGCUCGAGGAAUUGUCAUUGUCAAUAUCACACAAUGUCUGACCGGUAGUGUCAGCCCGGUGUACGCCACUGGCAUGAGUCUCUCCAAGGCCGGCGUCGUCGCGGGAUUGGACAUGACCACCGAAGCCGCACUGACCAAGCUUGCUUACCUGCUUGCGCUCCCCGGGUCGACACCCCAGCUCGUGGCGAACAAGAUGUCCGUCUCCCUGCGUGGCGAGCUGACCGAGUCGUCGCAACCAGUCUUCCGUCAUCCCGAUGGAGCUCUGCCCGAGCGCGUUCAGGCGCUUACUGUCCUAGGGUACGCCAUCGCGCAAGGGGACCUUGCUCGUGUUGAGGAACUCAUCAAGAGUGAGCAUCAUUGGCUGCUGAACGAUGCAGACUACUCCGGAAACACUCCAGUGCAUCUGGCAGCGACAUCACCGUCAGUCGACAUCCUUCGGUUCCUGCUGCUUCAGGGCGGGUCGGUACAUCUACGCAACCGCAACGGACGCACCCCGCUCUUCCUGGCGGCUAACGCCGGGCUGUCAGAACACGUGCUGCUGUUGCGCAAGUCGGGAGCGCAUCUGCACUCUGACGAGCGGACGGCAGCACAGCUCCUCGCGCGACGGCGGCCUGCGACCUGGGGGCUGGCCGGGAUUGGGCCACGUGAAGUCAGCGACAGAGAGAUGGAGGAGAUCGAAGAGGAUGAGUACCGCGCGGGGUCGUCGCACUGGCCGAUGGCGGGAUCUGCGCCCUGA